AUGGAUACAAUGAAGAGUAUUGUUGUCGUGGGAUCUGACAAAGAGCUUAUGGGAAUGUGUAGUCAAGCUAUGUCAACUUCUCGUGAAGUUGAUGUGUUCAUCGAGCAAGGUAAUGUUGUGCUUAGGCGCACCGAAGAGGAAAACGAAAAAGAUGGUGAGAAAGAUUGUGAGCAUUCUGCUGAGGAGCAUUUGGAGCAGUCUGCUGCUGCUGAAAUUGAAAGCGAGAAGGCACCUUCUGCUGAGGAGAAUGAAAGCGAGAAGGCUCCUUCUGCUGAGGAGAAUGAAAGCGAGCCUGCUGAGAAUGAUCACGAGCCUGCUGCAGAUGAAAGCGAGAAGGAUCCUGGAAAUGAAAGCGAGAAUGAUGGUGCAACGUGUGCUGAUGAAGAUGAUGAUAGCGAGAAAGAGGAAGCUUUGAGGGAAGCUAAGAAGAAAAAGAGUGAAAAAGGUAAACAUAAGGUUUUAAAAGAUGAAGAAGAUAUUGGUGCGCGAUAUGAUAUGGAGAUUGAGGAUGAUGUAGCUAGUUUUGUUGAUGAGGAAGUAGAUUUUAGAAGGAUAAUUCCAGAGAGUUCGGAUAGUGAAGAAGAAGAUGAUUUGGAUUUGAGAAAGAGACGAAUGAGGAGACAUGAUCAGGUUGAUAAGUUAGCUCUAGGAGCUACUUUCUGGUCAGGUUAUGAGUUCAAGGAAGCCGUUUUGGAUUAUGCUUUGGCAAAUUCAAAGAAUAUUGAGCAAAAUAGAUGGGAUAAGACAAAGAUUGGAUACAAAUGUGGCGAAGGUGGAAAGUGCAAAUGGAAGCGCUAUUGCUCGUAUGAUGAGCCGCAUGGGAAAUGGGUCAUAAAGACAAAGUGUGGAUAUCACAGCUGCACGCCUAAAGGGAGAUGCAAGAUGCUUAAAUCUCCAGUCAUUGCAAAGCUUUUCUUACACAAGUUGAGGCAAAAGCCUAACUUUUGGCCUAUGAAAAUGCAAGUGUUUAUCAAAUAA